AUGGUCUCUGAAUGCGCGGGGAAAUUAUUGAUGGCAUAGCCAACUUAUCGACGUCUUGCAAAUAUGGAACCAUAUCACAUCGUUGUUAAUGGUGCUUCAAACCUCCCACAAAUGGCUUCUUCUUCCUUAAUUUCUGUGCAGCACAACCAUUUUUUCUCCUCCGACACUCUCUGUAAGUUUUCAUCAACCCUUACUACAUUCAAUUCCCCUAGUUUAUCGCGUGUUCCCACUUUCUCUUCUCCCAAACACACACUUCGUUUAGUUAAAGUAGGAGAUGGAGUUGCAGGAGAAUUUUCUACUACCAAAAACCGUAAACCUCCGAAUAGACCUUCGUCUUCGGUGACCCAGAAGCUAAACAAAAAUGGGUCUCCUCAUUUAGGGUAUGGAAAUGAAACUCUUGUUAAGAAAUCUGUGGAAGACCUUGUUAAUUUAGAAGUGGAGGAGAGAAAUGGGAAAAGACUUGAGAAGGGUAAAAACGCGAGGAAUAGCUCUGGCUCUGUUAAUGGAAUGAAAAUGGGUACUGGGAUUUCUUUCGUUAAGACUAGAAGUGACAGUGGUUCACUGAAGCUUUCUGGGGGUUCAAGGGAUGGUGGGAAAAUUAAGGAAAAGAGAAAGCUAAAUCAGGUGGUAGAGGAGAAGGAGAAAUUAUUAAAAGGGAAUAACGAUAUCCCAUUUAGAGCAAACUUGGAUAUGUGUUCGAAGACAGGGGAUUUCAUGGGGGCAAUUAAAUUGUAUGAAUGGGCUCAAAGGGAAGGAAUUAAGCUGCAGCAAUAUCAUUAUGCUGUCAUUUUGUAUCUUUGUUCCUCAGCGGCUUUAGGUGUUAUUCAGCCUGCUAAGAGUGGUAGUGUUAACCGAACUUCAAAUUCAUUAACUUUGUCUAAGGUGGGUUCUAAUGAAAAUCCCAUUAUACUGGAUGAACAACAUUCCUCCAAGACUAGCUAUGUUUCAAAGAGUGAAAGUUGUGGAAGAACAGAAUUGAGUGCCCAAAAUGAUAGAAGUAACUCAGAUGGGAUGAUUGAAAAUAAGGAUAUAGUUCAUACCAAUGGAUCUAUGGUGCCCAAAGCUUGGAUUUUGGAUGAGAAGAGCCAUUCUAAUAUUUUGGUAAAUGAGGAUAUUAAAAAAUAUGCUCUCGAGAGGGGAUUUGAAAUCUACAAGAAAAUGUGCACAGAAAAGAUCCCAAUGAAUGAAGCAACCUUGACGUCUGUGGCUCGAAUGGCAAUGUCCAUGGGUGAUGGGGAUAUGGCCUUUGAUAUGGUGAAGCAGAUGAAGCCAUUAGGACUUAAUCCUAGAUUGCGCUCUUAUGGCCCUGCCCUUUCUGCUUUCUGCAAAAAUGGGGAAUUGGAUAAAGCAUUUUCAGUUGAGAAGCACAUGUUGGAGCAUGGUGUCUAUCCAGAAGAGCCUGAGUUGGCAGCACUUUUAAGAGUAAGUAUAGACGCGUCUAAUGCUGAGAAGGUGUAUUAUUUGUUGCAUAAACUAAGAACAAGUGUAAGACAAGUCUCGUCCUCUACAGCCGAUCUUAUUAGUACCUGGUUCAAGAGCAAAGAUGCUGCAAGAGUCGGAAAAGUAAAAUUGGAUAGAAAAAGAAUAAAGAAAGCAAUGGAAAAUGGUGGUGGAGGUUGGCAUGGACUGGGAUGGUUGGGAAGGGGAAAGUGGAGUGUAUCAUCUACAAAUGUUGGAAAGGAUGGCUUGUGUAAAUCCUGUGGGGAAAAAUUGGCAACAAUUGAUCUUGAUCCUAUUGAAACUGAGAAUUUUGCUGAAUCUGUUGCAGCUAUAGCCACACAAAGAGAGAAAAAUUCAAGUUUUCAGAAAUUUCAAAAAUGGCUUGAAUAUUAUGGACCAUUUGAAGCAGUGAUUGAUGCUGCUAAUGUAGGUUUAUUUAGCCAAAGAAAAUUCACACCAUCUAAAGUCAAUUUAAUUUCCAACGGGAUACGACAGAAGCUUCCUUCAAAGAAGUGGCCACUGAUUGUAUUGCAUAACAGGCGAAUCACUGGACGUAAGAUGGAAGAACCAGUUAAUAAAACAUUGAUUGAGAAGUGGAAAAAUGCUGAUGCACUAUAUGCAACGCCUACUGGAUCAAAUGAUGAUUGGUACUGGUUGUAUGCAGCAAUCAAAUUCAAGUGCUUAAUCGUGACGAACGAUGAGAUGAGAGAUCACACGUUCCAAUUACUUGGAAAUGAUUUCUUCCCUAGAUGGAAAGAAAGGCAUCAAGUGCAUUUUAGCUUCUCUGCUACUGGUCCAGUAUUUCACAUGCCUCCACCAUGUUCCGUCGUAAUUCAGGAAUCGGAGAAAGGGCAUUGGCAUGUGCCCCUUGCAUCAGAGCAGAGUUAUGAAGAAGAUAGAAAAUGGUUAUGUAUUACAAGAGGGAAUUCACAAUCUCACAUGAUCAUGAGGCAAGAGCCUCCACACAAAGUUGAAGAACCGCAGCCUCUUCUUCUCAGCAAAGGAAAUUUGGGAGCUCGAGCUGACGUUGAGAUCAAGAAACAACCCUCAAGUCAAGUCCACACGAGAACUUCACAGGAAAAUUACAAGAGUCUCAAACAAAUACUUUCUGCAGCUGUGUUCUUGAACAAAUGCAACUUACUAUUAGAAAUAGAGGCCGCAGAAAAGCGUGGUGGCUGCACCAUAGACUUUCAAAUAUGAAAAAAAAAAAUGGAGAGAUAUCUUCCAUGGUUGGCCACCAUACCAAAUUUCCCUUUUCCAUUUGCUAUCUCAGUGCUGUAACUGUAACUCAGAUAUUCUUCACCUAACAUAUCAAUGAGUAGUGAAAAGAAAGGGGAAAAGAGUUUAUCAUAAGAUAA